AAGAAGUAGAAGUAGUAGAAGAAGUAGAAGUAGUAGUUCAUGUGAUCAUUGACGGUUCAAAGGUCGGGUUUGUAAGUUUCCAUGUUAUGUUUUGAACAAAUGCUUGACUUUGCAGCCGUUGAAUACUAUUGGUUCCAUGUUGAUAUUCGUUGCUGGCCGACUAUCAGUACAGCAGUGAGAGAAGCACUAUGGGCCGUCUGGACGGGAAGGUGAUUGUGCUGUCAGCCGCUGCACAGGGGAUUGGACGUGCUGCGGCAAUAGCAUUUGCAAAAGAGGGCGCUCAGGUCACAGCCACAGAUAUCAAUGGAGAGAAGCUGAAGGAACUGGACGGCAUUCCAGGGAUCAAGACCAAGGUAGUGGAUGUGACUAAAAAGGAGGAAGUGGACGCCCUGGCCAAGGAACAUAAUCAUGUAGAUGUGCUGUUCAAUGUUGCUGGGUUUGUGCACCAUGGCUCCAUCCUGGACUGUGAAGAGGCCGACUGGGAUUUCACAAUGAACUUAAACAUCCGGAGCAUGUACCUCAUGUGCAAGGCUUUCCUACCUAAGAUGUUGGCCAAGAAGUCAGGAAGCAUUAUAAACAUGGCCUCUGUUGCAUCAAGCAUAAAAGGUGUUGUGAACCGAUGCGUCUAUAGUACCUCCAAGGCUGCAGUGAUUGGACUCACCAAAUCUAUAGCGGCUGAUUUCAUUGACCAAGGCAUCCGCUGUAAUUGUGUUUGUCCUGGGACUGUUGAUACUCCAUCGCUGAGAGGUAGGAUCCAGGCCCAACCUGACCCAGAACAGGCUUACAAGGAUUUCAUGGCAAGAGUGAAAAUUGGCAGAAUGUGUAGUGCUGAAGAGGUGGCGUACCUGUGUGUAUACCUGGCCUCUGAUGAAUCAGCCUAUGUGACUGGGACGGAACAAAUCAUCGAUGGAGGAUGGAGACUGUAAGAAAUCUGUGGUCAGCUCAUCAUGACAGUAGUGGACACAGUUGCUUCUUUCUUUUUCAGUUUUCUGAAAAAUACUAUACAGCGCUUAUUCAUUCCCUAAAUCCAAGUUAAGUGUCCACAGUUUUGAUCUAUUUUGAUUUUUUUUUCAGUUUUGGGGAGAAAUUUUCUGACUCCAGUCUAUGCUGCAGAUGUGUCUAUGUAAUGGCAAAACAUUUCAGGUUGAGAGACCUUAUAAUAAACUCACAGUAUCACAUUGCAAUAAUAAACACAGCUAUUGUUAAUAUUUUUCAAAGAUAUAUGUGAAUUUCAGUGUAAUUAAUGAUUAAAUGUGUUUAAACUUCUAUGAAAACGUGUUCAGCAAUACACUUUGUGACCUUUCCAUUCAACCCCCAACCGAGCUCUCCUCUGCGGAGUAACGUACGUACUGUAGCCUACUUGUCCAUCACUAAUACCGUUUCACAGCAGGUCCAUAUAACGCAGAACUACUGGAAACGCUGACCCGGACAAUUCA